GAAGAUGAGGAUGGAGAGCCGGGGAAGAAGGAGGGGAAAGGGGAAGGGAGGGAUAGAGGAAAGGGAGAGGAGGACAGCGCCAGGAGGAGGAGGGAGAGUCAGGAGUAGACGGGCGGGAGCUUUGACGCGUUGCUCCAUCCCUCCGCCCCCGCCUCCACCUCUGAGUUAAAAGCUCGGCUGGGCUCCUCGCCGCCGCCCCCUCUGCGGGACCAGCUACGCGACGGGUUCUGGCUGGAAGCAGCUCCUCCCGUCCCCGGUGCCCGCCGCACGCCGCUGGGAACCCGCCAUCGGUGACCAGCGGGACUCUCAUUCCUGCGGCGGCGGCGUUCGGUGGUCCGGCUGGGGAGCUCCCGCCUUCAGCGGCACUGCCUGGGUGACUAUAACCGAGGAGAGCGAAGGAGCGGAGCCGGCGACAAUGCCGAGCGUCCGGGACAAGCUCCCCGCAGCCCAAGUUUGUGCUCCCGCUGCCACCACCGCCGCCACUGCCCACCUCCUCCUCCUCCUCGAAGUCCCGAGACCCUCAGGAGCUGGCUUCCACUGGGUUUCGGGAAGAGGACAUUAGCUUCCCUCCCCAGUCGCUGUCCAGUCCCUCGGGACCUGGGACUCCCAGAGAAGAUCUGAGCCUUAAACGCCGAGGCGGAUGAUCUGGGUCCAUACCCUCACACCUGGAGGUGGUGGGCUGUGACCAAGGAAAUUCCUCGGCUUUUGCCCCAGAGACAUCUGGGGAAGAUUAAUUAGGGGUCUUAGAGCCCGUUGGGGUCCCUGCCGGGAUGGGGCUCUGCCCUCUCUGAAUCUGGCGCUGGUCACCUGACCUUCCACCUUCGCAGAAGCCUGGAAGCUUUGUCCAGAGGACCCCCCACCGGUCCAGGCUGGAAUGGGAUCAGUGGCUGUCUUCCCUUUUCUAAACCCUGAACCUGCCUUCCCUUCCCCGACUUCUGAAUCGAUUCCUCAGUUUCCCCACCUGGUUCAAGGAGAGUGUUGAUGAGCCCCCAGAGAGUGAGGGCAACGGUUGAACCCAAGAAUAUUCCUAAGUAAUCCAUCCUGGUCCUCUUUAUCUGCCUGAUUCUCCCUUCUGAUUCUAGGCUCCCUGCCCGGGAGUGAUUAGAGCCAGGAUACAUGGCCAAGUGGCUGAGGGAUUACCUGAGCUUUGGUGGACGGAGGCCGCCCCCACAACCCCCCAAACCCGAUUAUACAGAGAGUGAUAUCUUCCGGGCUUAUCGGGUCCAGAAGAGUCUGGACUUUGAGGACCCUUAUGAGGAUGGAGAUGGGCAGGAGGAGCCAGAGUCGACCUGCCCCAGUUGCCCGAACAAGCCUUCCUGCCCUGGGGACCCCUCAUACAGUUCCCCCAAACAUCGGCUCAUCAAGGUGGAGUCAGGCGACCUGAAUCGAAGUAAGAUGUUGCUGGGGGCUCCUGGGGAAGACAAGACAGCAGAUGACAGUGAGUAUUCAGACCCCUUUGAUGCUCAGCCUGAUGCCCAGUUGGGUGCCCCAGAACAGCUAUCUCCUGACAACAGCUACAUGGAGCCAUAUGAUGCCCAGUGUGUGGUAACAGACUUGCAGCUUUAUGAUACACCCUAUGAGGAACAGGAAGUGGGGGGCAGCCCCGAGGCCGAGGAGAGACCCCGGCAGAGCCGCCUACCCCGGGAUGAUGAGCGGCCUGCCGAAGAGUAUGACCAACCCUGGGAAUGGAAGAAGGACCACAUCUCCAGGGCGUUUGCAGCUGGUGAUGUAAAAGCAUUCUUUGGCUUGUCUCUGCCCCAUCCAGUGCAGUUUGAGACUCCUGAGUGGGAGCGAGCCCCAGGCCUGGCUAAGGAGUUCCGGAGGCCCCCAGCUAAGACCUCAGGCUGGGUGGGGAAGGGGCCCGACCCAGAGGAGCAUAUCCCCCAGCCAGCUGAGCGUGUGGACCCAGCCCUGCCCCUGGAGAAGCAGCCAUGGUUCCAUGGCUCCCUGAGCCGGGCUGAGGCGGAGAACCUCCUGGCCCUCUGCAGAGAAGGCAGCUACCUGGUCAGGCAGAGUGAGACCAGUCAUCCAGACUUCUCUCUGUCCCUCAGGAGCAGCCAGGGCUACAUGCACAUGAAAUUCACUCGGACAAAGGAGAACAAGUUUGUGCUGGGUCAGCACAGUGGGGUCUUCUCCAGUGUGCCCGAGGUCGUCCAUCACUACAGCAUCCGCCCGCUGCCUGUGCAAGGCACUGAACACCUGGCCCUGCUCCACCCCAUCACUGCGCAGGUCCCUUGACUGCCUUGGCAUAGUGCCUGGGGCACAUGGGACCUAGGGGUCCCUCCUCUGCUCUGGUGCUCAGGGGUCCCUCCUGGGCUGCUGCUGGGCUCUGGCUAUGGUACUCCCAUGUCAGGCAGAAUCUCAGAGGGGAAGAAGAGACCUCGGACCAUCGGGGCCAACCUGCCCUCCCCAAGAUCUCUGACCAGUGGCUAGCCAUUCCUUGAAAAGCCUCUAGUGAUGGAAACUGAAAAGCUCCUGAGGUGGCCCAUUUGACUUCUGGAUGGCUUCUGUCGUUAGGAAAUAUCCUUAUAUCAAAUGGAAAUCUGACUCUUGGGAGCUUCUCUCCAUCACUCCUGGCUCUGAUCUUGGAGACCCACAGAGAACUAGUCUCACCUUAUCUCCAAGGCCAGCCCUGGCAUGGAGGCACGUCCGGCAUCUCUAUGUACAUUCCAUCAGUCCCCCGUGUCAGAUCUCAAGGUCCGCCUCUGUCCUGGUUGUCCUCCUCAGGACUAGCUCCAGUUUGUCCGUCCUUCCUAUAACGGGGUCCCCAAGCCCGAGGCCAAUACUACUGAUGAGAUCUGCCCAGGACACACACCUCCCUAGCUCUGGACUUAGUACUGCUCAAUCCAGCCAAUGGUCAAGUCAGAUCUCCUGGCUACAAGGCUGCACCAUCCUGCUGACUCAUAUUGGGCUCCCCCGAGAUUCAGGUUUAGGUGAUGCCCUAUUUCAGUUCCUGGGCCAGCCCCCUGGGGAAAAAAAGGACCCUUGGCUAAAACAAAGGGACUCUAGCUCAGCCCGAUUAUUGCUCCCAGAAACGAUGCCCCCAUCUAAAACACGGACCUGGGCUCUGUCCUUGGACAUGGAAGAGUCCAUUCUAGACUGGCCACGACCUACCUGGAGAAGUUACAAAGAGUGAGUGGAAACUCAGGCAUAUGCCCCCUCCCCAAUCAUUCCCAGGCCAGAGGAAGCAAAUGGUGCAGUUGGAUGGCCUUGGCUCCCCAGCUCCCCUAUGCCUGAGUUUUUCCAAAUUUCACUCCCAAUAAAUCAGUUAUAUCUGA